GUGACGUUUACGUGAAGCACUUCCGUUAGCGCGCACGUGAAAAUACUUGACAUUGCAAGACGGUGAAGAAAAUGCUUUGAUUCAUAAACAAAUAACCAUGGCCUCUACUUGUGCACAGCUGUGUCUAAGAGGCACAGGUCCUCUUUACUCUAAGACGGUGAGCAGUACCUGGCAGUAUUACACUCGGGUUCAGCAGCGGAUUAAGGUGACAAGAGUACCAACAAAAGUUAUUAGUGGAUUAUCAAUCAGGGGGAAUCACACAACAGCAACAACGCUGACAAGACUGAGGUGGAAACAACAGAUUUGCUUCUACAGUGACUCAGCAGCUAAAUAUCUGACAACCGAGGCAAAGGAAGGCACGAAUACACAAGAGCUGUCAAGAACUAAUGUUGGAGCACACAAGGCCUCACUGUUACCAACCAGAGAUGCUGCACUAACUACUGAAAAUAGUCAUAUAUCAUUAGAUUUGGAUCCUGUGGCUCAGCCUUCAGCUUUAGAAGAGAUCAGUGAUGAAGAGGCCAUCAGUAUAUCUGUUCCCUCUGCCAUCCCUCCAGCCUCCACCACUCUUAGAGAUUAUGUCGAUAAGUCUGAGACGCUUAGCAAGUUGGUACAACUAGGGGUGAACUUGUGGAAGCUGGAACAAAGGCCUAAUGUAGGCUCCAUGCUGCUGAGGCUCAACUUCAACACAGAUGUGACCCCGCGGUUACUGUUUCUCAAAGACAUCGGCGUGGAGGAUUCUCGCUUCAGCUAUAUUAUCUCACACAACCCCUUCAUUCUCACUGAGAGUUUGGAAAACCUACAGGCCAGGGUGAACUACCUCAAGUCAAAGAACUUCAGUUCAGAGACGGUUGCGUCCAUGGUGUCCAGAGCUCCUUAUCUGCUCAACUUCAGCGUGAACAGGCUGGACAACAGAUUGGGUUUUUAUCAGCAGCAACUUAGCCUCAGUGCUAACAAUACACGGAAUAUUGUAGCUCGUCUUCCCAGGUUACUGUGUGGCAGUUUGGAGCCCGUUAAAGAAAACUUAAAGGUGUGUGAAAUAGAGCUUGGCUUUAAGAGAAACGAGAUCCAGAACAUAGUUCUCGCUGUGCCCAAACUUCUGACUGCCAAUAAAAGGAAGCUGACAGAGAUAUUUGACUUCAUCCACAACACCAUGAAAGUACCCCACCACCUUAUCACCAAGUUCCCACAGGUCCUCAAUUCCAAGUAUUUGCGCCUCAGAGAGCGCCACCUGUUCCUCGAGUAUCUCGGAAAAGCUCAGUAUGAUCCAACCCUGCCCAGCUACAUCUCUCUGGACCGCUUGGCGUCUUUGCCAGAUGAGACGUUUUGCACUGAGUUGGCUUUGGCCACACUGGAAGAUUUUUAUUUAUUCCAAAAGACACUUUGAUUUUUCACCAACAGCCACAUCAGUUAUGUGCCAACAUUAAAAUAUAAACAUGGAGCAUCAAAAGAGCUUGAAAUGAACUGUUUUGUAAAUAUAAUGAUAUAUUAAAUAGUAAGGUUUAAAGUAAA